CACACAAAAUGCAAACAACAGCCGGGAGAUAUAAAAUAUGACAGUGAGAGACAACGAAACACAAUUUUGUGACAUUUCCAUACCGGUGGAUGGUUAGAAUACAAUAAACCUAUUUUGUUUGUUCACUACUAAAGGUUCACUGCUAUUACUAAUAGGUGUUGCUGAAACAGACAUUACAAAAAGACAUUUCAUUGAUAUACUAUGAAUUUACAGAAAUGAAGGACAUUCAGACUAUACUAGUGAUGUCACGAGAGGACAGUGACUUGUUUGAGAAAGAAAUUCCUAUUCUGGACUUUGAUUCUGAUCUUGGACAUGAAAGCAGCACACAUUCCCUGGACAAUCUCCUUGAGGUGGGCAAUGCUGCUAGCAUCAGUAUGAUGGACUGGACAGAGAGACUCAUUGAGAUGAGCAACGCGACGGAGGAGGAAGCACCCUCCUCCCAGAGAAAGGAUGACCAGAUGACGAUGGUCACUUUGAAUUUUGCGGUAACAAGUGCAACUGACUUGAUCACAGACUUCAACAGCGCCAGCGUGACCACAAGAUGCUUGCAGCGGGAAGCCACCACAUCGAGCUCUGAUGCCUUUUAUACAUCAAAUCUAUUUGAGAAUCAAACUCGAGGCCUUCACUCUAUGAAUGACACCUUGCUCAAUGCAGGCAGAGACCAACAAAACUUUCAGUGGAGCUCUUCAACUUUGAACCACAUUCUCCCAACUGACACUCAAAUCCUGAGCGAUCCUCACAUCCCAUCAUUCAGCAAUAGCACGGACUGUAUACCCUUACAGAAUACAGGCAGCAAUUACAUACUACCAAACAGUUCACAGACUUUGUCUGAAACCUUUAACUCGUCUAAAAGUUCUAAAGCUGAUUACAAUCAAUCUUAUAGAACUGAAUUUCUUGAGCAAACCAAUGAGCCAAACCCCAUUCUACCUGUACUAAGUUUAGCGAUGCUUUUAGAAGAAGACAACGUUAAUGAUGACAACAAUGUCUCAACAUUUGUAGUAAAUCCAUCUCGUCAACGAUUGAACACCUGGACAAGAACAGGGACAAAAUGCCACAACUGCAGCGCCUCUGUACCAAAAGAGAAUAGUCUCUCAAGACAUUUACCAAGUGCAUGUCCUCCUUUAGUAAGUAAUUCCAUGAAAGACUCAGCCUCUAAGAGCCCGAAGAUCAAUCUGUUUGACAACAUAGUUCACCAAAGAAAUCCUAAAUCGACACCUAAAGCCUCAGGGAAAGUUUCUUCUUUUUUUUCACAAGAUCCAACAAUUUCAUCAUCAGACAUCACACGUAGCAUUUCUUCUCAGAGCAACAUGCCAGAAACAGAUUAUGAAGUGAGAAGAAACAUGCCAGAAACAGAUCAUGAAGACAUUUCUCAAAGCUUCACGCCAGAAGUGAGAUCCACACUUAACUGGGAGCCAGAGUUCCUAUCACUGACAGAUAUGGAUAUUCAGAGCGAGAUUGAGGUCGUCGAAAAUAUACAAAUGGACAUUGGUGAUCUCAAUACUCCAACAGCUAUUCCCAAAGAUGCUUUAGUGCAAAAUAUACAAAUACCUGACCUCCAAACUCAAUUCCAAAGACGUCCCUCACAGCGAUAUUCCCACUUGCAGAAACCUACCAGCUCUUUUAAUCUAUUACCUGAAGUAACAGUUAAUCAGUCCGAUCCAUUUCCAGAACCAUUUAGCACAUUGAGCGACUCGCAACUUUCCAUUCAAGCAGAGGACAAAUCCAUGCUAGAAAACAGCUUCCUUCCACAAUCAAGCGAACACAUUUCUUUCAAUGAAGAAAAAUAUCUCCCACAUUUUGGAAAAUAUGAUGACAACACAGAAACAACAAUUGACAGCCACAAACCGCAAGAACAUUUUGUAACAGCUUCCAAAACUAUUACAAACACGGACACUUCGAUUCAAGAUUUGACUUUAGUGAACAUGCAUUCCAGCAGACCAUUUUCCAAGCCAAUUCUUUCUGAACUUUCUUGUGAUGCUCUCCUCAGCCCCGGAGAUGUGGACAGAACGUUUCUGGGUGGCACCAAAUCUCAGAACUCACAGCUGUAUUCAAGCAGCUUUGACUGCAGCUCAACUGAUUUGAGCAGCAGCAUCUCCAGCUCUGUGCCUGACGGAGACAUUCAUGAAGAUGUCUCCAUAAAAGGAAACCUCUUAAAGAACAAGCUCAGAUCCAGACUCAAAGCGAAAGGGGCAGCUUUGGAAACCCGCGCGGACAUUGCUUCUAUCGAGACUUCCGGAAGUUCCUCCACAGCAGACGUAAAAUCAUUUGCCUCAGCAUCAUCGUCAACUAACACGUACAGCUCAAAGCGCAAGUCAGAUGAUGAUAUUUCCGAAGCUAGAACAUCAAAAAAGUCUUGUGUGAGCUCUUCAUCAAAUAUGUCCGAUUCAGAAAGCAGUGACGAAGAUGAGACCACGUUGUACUUCUUACAGAAUCAGACAGCAGACGCAAAAAACAAAAAGUCGGCAGUAAAAAAAGAGGCGGAAGAAGAAGAUGAAGAGACGAAAUUAGCAAAACGAGAGAAGAACAGGAUUGCAGCGCAAAAAUGUCGUCAUAAGAAAAGGGACAGAAUUGAGAGUCUAACCAGGCAAGUCCAACGCUUGGAGGGGCGGCAAGAUCGCAUCAGAUGUGAGGUGGACAGACUGAGUGAAGAGAGGGAACAGCUGGAGGAAAUGUUGAGAGUGCACAGCUUUGUGUGCCGGAGAGAGCAGCAUUCAGACAAAUAGACAACUAGGGCUGAUAAUUUACAAAAAAAAAAAAAAAAGAAAAAAUACAACGGCAAAAAAACAUCAGUUCUUACAGACAACAACAACACAAUUUUGUUCCAGCCAGCAAUAGAACCAGCAGGUUUACAAUGUUUAUUGCUCACAAUGUUCACAUAGUAUCAUAAGAAAACGUGACAAGAAGCAGGCACCCGUUUCAAUAGCCAUGAUUGCGUCAUCAGCUGUCAUGAAGAGAACAACUCUAUCCAAUCACGUUCUAGUCAACACAUCAGUGCUAUGUUGUGCCUCUUGGGAAGAUAAACUGUACUUGAGUAGAGCAAGGAACAUAUGCCAUAGCUUAGCUUUAGUGACAGUAUGUACUGCCAGAUAGUCUAAUGGCUACCACAUUUCAUUGAAAUGGCAAGUGUUUAUAUUAUUCAUAUCAUAUCAUUUUUAUUUUUCCCAUAACUUCCACUUAUUGGGGCGUCCGCCGACAUUCGAUAGGCCUAUAUGAUGUUUCAGGGGAAGAGCAACUGGCACUUAGGGCGCCAAUCAGUCUCAACUCUCACCCCUUCAUGUAAUUGUGUGUAUGAUUUUUAUGUCCCAGUGAAUUUGUAAAUAGUAUGGUAUAGAGUCUGUCUCAAAUCCUCUGGCGUUCAUGGUGCCUUCAUUCAGUGCAGAAGAGCCACUCUUUCAUUGGUUCAUUGGAGCAUGGAAGAAAAAUAGUGUGUUGAUUAGUGUUUGAGAGAGAGAGAGAGAGAAAACAGAUUCAUCUGUUCCUGAAUCCAAUAUAACAACAAUUUCCAGAAACACAAUAUUCUUUCGAUUAUCAUUUUGUGUAUUUAAAAAUAAUCCAGCUCUAGCUAAUAAGUCUGCUAGGCGAGCUUGGCACACAUUGCUGUGGGAGAUAUAAUGAACUAUUACUUUCUUGUUUCAUUCCGUUAGCACGACGAAUGCGGCAAGUGAUUAUUUAGUUUAAAUAUUCUUGAGUCUAAAUUUGCUUAUUUGUCAUUAUUAUCAUUUCAACAUAUUCUACAACAAAUGAUGAAAAACAUUUUGGCAACAAUGAUUACCUAAAAUGGUAUAUAUAUAUUCGAUAGUGGCGACCUAAAGCCUGUAAUGUUUGUGUUUGAAAUAUCUAAAGGAUGUGUUACUUGCAUGACAAAACAAUAUGGAACGAAAGUUGAAAUGAUGCAACACUUUUCGUUGACUUGUAAAUAUUGUAAAUAUUACAUUCUCUAAAUUCCA